AUGGAGAGAGUCAAUCGCUAUCAAUCAACCCGUCGGAAUGAUAAAACUGUGGCCGUUUUACAAGCCUUUCAUACCCACCUUCCUCCCGAUGGAAAAGCGAAUUUUGUCCGGCAUGGUCAGACAUUGGACACAGAUCAAGCCAUCCAUGAUCAUGCCGAGUCCCUUGUGAACGGCCUUCUCGCGCCAUUAAGGUCCCUAAGUUCAACACCAUGCAUCUCUCCGCGGUUGGGAAUGGAAGAUUCCAUUGAAAACUUUGCUUCACAGUCAACCGGCCCACUAGUGAGAAAAUCCCGUUUGAAAACUGACUGUCUUAAGAGGGAUGGCGGAAAAUGUAUAGUCACCAAGGUUUUUGACGUGGAAUCAAUUGACAAAAGCGACCGAAGUCUUACGGCCACAUACACUGAGUGCGCGCAGAUCAUUCCCUUUUCCUUGGCGUCAUGGAAAGAUGAGCGUGAAGAACACGCAAAGAAAAUUGUCUGGACAACCUUAGUCAGGUUUUCCCAGCCCUCGAGAAUCGAAUUCACUUUACCCGAGAAAAUAUCGAUGACACGCAUCAUGCAAUGA